AUGGUCAAGGCCGUUGUUGCUGGCGCCUCCGGCGGUAUUGGACAGCCUCUGUCUCUCCUCCUCAAGCUCUCUCCCCUCGUCGACGAGCUUGCUCUUUACGAUGUUGUCAACACCCCUGGCGUUGCCACCGAUCUCUCUCACAUCUCUUCCAAUGCGAAGACAACCGGCUACCUGCCCAAGGAUGACGGCGCAAAGGCCGCCUUCAAGGAUGCCGACAUCAUCGUCAUUCCUGCUGGCAUUCCCCGCAAGCCCGGCAUGACGCGUGAUGAUCUCUUCAACAUCAACGCCGGUAUCGUCAAGGGCCUUAUCGAGGUCGCGGCCGAGGUUGCCCCCAAGGCCUUUAUCCUCGUCAUUUCCAACCCCGUCAACUCCACAGUCCCUAUUUCCGCCGAGGUUCUCAAGGCUAAGGGUGUCUUCAACGCCCAGCGUCUCUUCGGUGUCACCACUCUCGACAUCGUCAGAGCCGAGACAUUCGUUGCCGAGAUUUCCGGCAAGUCCACCAAGGAGCUCAACGUUCCCGUUAUUGGCGGCCACUCCGGCGAGACAAUUGUUCCCCUCUUCAGCAAGGUCAAGCCUUCCGUGUCCAUUGCCGACGACAAAUACGACGCUCUCGUCAACCGCGUCCAGUUCGGUGGUGACGAGGUUGUCAAGGCCAAGGACGGCGCUGGUUCCGCCACUCUAUCCAUGGCCUACGCUGGCUACAGAUUCGCUGAAAAGGUCAUCAAGGCUGUCAAGGGCGAGAAGGGUCUUGUUGAGCCUAGCUACGUCUACCUUCCCGGCGUUCCCGGCGGUAAGGAGAUUGCUGAGAAGACCGGCGUCGACUUCUUCUCCGUUCCCAUCGAGCUUGGCCCCAACGGUGCCGAGAAGGCCAUCGACAUCCUUGGCGACAUCACGGAGAAGGAGCAAAAGCUGCUGCAGGCUGCGAUUUCGGGAUUGAAGGGCAACAUUCAAAAGGGUGUCGAGUUCGCCCACAACCCCCCUCAAAAGUGA